AUGUCAGUUUGCCUGGCGCCCUACGUCUAUGGCAGAGGCGGCAGCGGUGUGGCGCGGUUUCUAGGCAUCGCAGCGUUGACAGGCAAUGUCACGUAUGUUGAAGGCGGCAACAACCGAACCACCGUCGUGCAUGUCGACGAUGCCGCGAGGCUGUUUCUUCUCGCCGCAGAAAAGGGACGAGCAGGCGAGAUAUACAACGCCGGCUUGGCAACCAACGUCACAUUACUCCAGCUAUCCCAAGCUAUAGCCGCUGCCGUCAGCGUUCCUUUGCGUAAUAUCAGCUUGGAGGACGCAAUGACGCAGCUUUGGCCUACCGUUGCGCUCUUCCUGGCGGUUGAUAAUAGGGCGUCCGGCGAGAAGGCCAAGAAGGAGUUAGGCUGGACGUCCCGUGGGCCAGGUAUCUUGGAGGAUAUUAGCAAGGGUUUGUACCUGGAAGUUGCCAAGGCACUCCAGAAAUAA